AUGGCGACUGAUGUUUCGGUCGAGAAAGUUUUCAAUUUUAUUUGUGGUAGUGGCGGAUUUGUAGAGUUAUCGUUACUUUUGAGGGAUUCAUCGCCUUUGAAAGACAUUAAAUCUAACUUGGAUGCGAAGAAUUGGCUAAUUAAUCACGGCCGUGGCCGCUUUGUUGUGGUGAAAGAUAUUGAUGAUGAAGUCAGAGGUGUUCGCAUCGACCUGAAAAAGAAAAUUUGUCAACAAUACCUUGAACGAGGUUCGUGCAGAAGAACAAGGGGUUCAUGUAAAUUCUGGCACAUUUGUAAAAGCUACAUCGAGGGAAAUUGCGAAGGUAAUUGCCAUCGUUCGCACAAUUUCUUCGACAACGACAACGAAGCGAAGACCAAAGACCUUAAAAUCGAGAAGCACCCGAAUGGAACAUUACGGAACAUCAUCGCCUGGAGUCUACCACAGGUUUGUCAGUUGUAUUUGAGAAAUAAAUGUAAGUCGGAUAAAUGUCCAUAUCUUCAUAUUUGCCCGAACGUAGUGCGAAAAUUGCCCUGUGGUUGUGGGCUAUUGCAUAAUCUGACUGAAGUUAACAACAAGAAAAUACUGAAGCAGUAUGACCUUGUGCCACAUCAGUCGAUGAGCACUGCCUUUGUUUGUAGCAGUAUUUUGAUCAUGAAAGAGCAGAGUUAUUUUGACAAAGGCAAGUUCAUAAGCGAUGAUACUACCGUUGAAAUGGCCUCGGUUACGCCAGCCGAAGAAUUAACAAAAUUUGUCAAUCAGAAUAACACAAACGAAAACAGUUUACAGCAUGGGGCAAGCCACAAGUCGAACUCGGGUGGAACAAACGAUUAUCAUACGGGCUCAAAAUCCAGAGAGGUUUCUAAUGAUAGUGUGGACACGAGGAGGAAUGGACCAAAACCUGACCAGUUAAAGUCAAAGGAAGAGCGGAAACAGAAGGGUAUACCAAAGUACGACAACAACUUGGCGAGUUGUGCGACUGCUUCAGCGGGCUCUAACAAACAUCCCGGGUUUCUAAAUAUACACGAGGAGGAAGAAAGCCUCUCAGACUCAUCUUCAGAAGACAACAAACCUGAUUCUAAAAACUUCCUCUCUGCGAAUGAAAGUCGAUCGCUUCAUCAGAUUCACGAGUCAAAACUAAGCAACAAAGGGACUGGAAAUGAUUGCAAAUUUCUUAAACCCAAAACCACGUCACAAAUGAAACCAAAGGCGGAUCUCUGUAUUUCAAGUGGGGCAGGAAAAGCCAGCGCUGUACGUAAUGAUCCGUUCGUUUUGCCCGUUGAUGAUAGCGGAAACGAUUUGGUAAAGAAAUGGGUCUUGGGAAAUGAUUAUUCGUCUGAUUCCACUCAUAGCCCUAGAAACUCUCAAAAUGAAGAAACACCAGCGGAACGCAAGCGAAAGUCAUCCAUUUCAAGUUCGUGCAGCUCUGUUCCAGAUCCACAAAAGAACACACCCUCUAAGAAGGCAGUGUUUGACUGCAUUCUGAAAGAAUACAAUGGUACUGUCCCUUUCCUUGUUAUCUCGAAACAAAAAGAAUUGUUUCCUGAAGGAUGUGGAGAUAUCGCUGCAUGGUUCAAAUCAAGGAAAGAAAGCUUUCUGUUUAGGGAAAGUGAAGACGGAACAGUAAAAGUGGACGUUCAUUGUCAACGAGCAAAAUUAUGUUUUAACCAGGAUCAUUGCUCUAAAGAGGAAUGCUCUUAUAUACACGUGUGCCGAGAUUACAUUGCUGGGUUUUGUAGAUUUGGCCGUAGAUGUCAAAGAAACCACAGUUUUGAGUACGAUAAGAGCAGAAAGUUCAUUUCUAAACUUAAGUUAACUGACUUUAGUGAAGAACAGCUGCGUAAGGUCGUUCAACUGUCAAUACCUCGAGUAUGUCUUGACUAUAACGAAGGACACUGUGUACUUGGAGAGAGUUGUGGAAAGAUACAUAUUUGCAAGAAUAUGAUAAGAAAGAAGUGUGCGGAUCAGGCGAUUUGCGGUCUCGAGCACGAAGAAGCUCUACUGACGGCUCAUGCAACCGCUGUUCUCAAUAGAUAUGGCUUGAAGGUCAGGAAUGGUAACACUCAGCCAGUUGUGCGAGCCCUUCUGGUCUGCGAGAGGAAACAUUCAGUCGACAUUAACCCCCCUGUUAAAGACACUAUUUCAACAGCAACUAGUACGUCGUCUUCUAUCAGUGCAGUUGACAGCAAGGGAGAGAAGAAACAGAGUGGUCCCAGCCAUUUCUCACUUACAUCUGUUUCUGUAGCCAAAACAACCAGCACUGUGUCAACGACAAGUCCCUCGACUAUGACUAAAGGAGCAACUGGUAGCAAAAACAUUAGCUAUCAGCGGAGUGGUCAUUCACCUCUUACUGGUAUUGCCAUUUGUGACCCAUCUGAUCAUAUAGCCAAUGUGAUUGGGUCUAUUCGUAAAGAAAUCUUUCCCUCUGGGAACAGCGGUGAACCAUCUGAACGAAAAGUCUUUGAGUGCUUGUGCAAGGAAUACAAUUGCUCAGUUACGUUUUCAGUUAUUUCUAAACGUACUGAUUUGUUUCCUGCUGGAUUCAAAGACGUGGAAUCUUGGUUUCGUAAAAGAAAAGGGAGCUUUCUGAUCUUGGAAAACCCAGACGGGAAAAUUACAGAAGUGAGUGCGUUUGCAGCAAAGGCUCGGCUCUGCUUCAGUUACAACAACGCCCACUAUGGAACUUGUGCGAAAGACAACUGCUCAUUCUUGCACAUCUGUAGAGAUUACAUCACUGACUCCUGUGCUAACGGAGCAACAUGCCCUCGGAAUCAUCAAUUUUGCAACGAGAAGGAUAAGGCUUUGCUGUCUCAGAUCAACCUCGAAAAGUUCACAGACGAGCAACUUCGCCGGCUUGUGCUGUCUUCCUCGCCAUUGAUUUGUGUAGAGUAUAACGAUGGUAUCUGCGAUCGUGGCGAUGCUUGUCCUAGAAUUCACAUGUGUAGCAACCACUUAAAAAAGUGUUCCCGAGAAGGACGCGGUUGUCUCUUAGAGCAUGAAUCAGCCAUGACUACUGAUCACACCAGAGCAAUUCUGGAGCGUUUUCGAAUCGAUCACUUGAAACCAGGCGCAGUGAAGAAGGCUAUUUUGCUGUUUGACGAUUUGGCACAGAGCAGAGAAACAGGUCAUGUUCACAGUGAUAAGCCAGAUGCACCUAUCUGUUCGGAUUUCCUUCUGGGAAAGUGUAAGAAGGGCAUGAAGUGUUCAGGGCACCACUGUUCGUUGCCUUACCACUGGCAAUACAGAGUUGAGGGUGAAGGAGUCUGGAAGAGUUUUACCGAGACUGACAAUGAGAAGGUAGAGAAAUUGUACUGUGACGCAAUGAUGGAUGAUUGCUCAGCCACUGGCCUCCAGCUGUCUUUCGAAAGUGAAGAAUUCUUUUUCUUUGAUGAAGAGGAUCCUGUGAAUUUCCUGUUUGAAAAUAAAAUGAUGUUUGUGCAGAAAGAUUUUGAAGUCUUGGCAGACAUUAGGCGGCUCUACACGGAACCCUCCAUCGAUAAUCUUGGUAAUCCUUUGGCAUCAACGUGGACUUGGUACUGGAAGGACGAAAAUGGCAUGUGGCUGGCGUAUGGCUCAGACUACUUGGGUAACGAUCUUCAGAGACCCAUAGAAGACGCCUUCUCAUCCACCACAAAUUGUUUUAAGUUUAAAAUUGCCGAACAAGACUAUGCACUGAAUUUUCAUGAAAUGCGACAAGAAAACUUGAGGUAUGGCACUACACGACAAGUAAGAAGAAGACCAGCAGAAUUUAGAUCAAGCGCAGACGUCCGGGAGAUUAGAAGGUCAUCCAGAAAGGGAAAAACGAGUGCAACUGUAUCGAGUACUGGAAAGCCCAGCAAUUGGGCCUCUAUGCCAGUUAAUAUGCAGUACACACGUGUAGCAUUAAGCAAUGUUACAGCUGAGUACAAAGAAGUGGAGAGAUUGUUUAGAAGUUCAAUCCAAAAGAGGGUCGUUAUCCGUAGAAUUGAGCGCGUGCAAAACUCUUUUAUGUGGGAGAAGUAUCAAAGGAAAAAGGAAAACAUGUUAGCGAUCAAGAGAGGUAGUCACUCUUUGAACGAAAAGAGGUUGUUCCAUGGAACCAGCCCCGAUGCUGUGGAGGCCAUAUGUAAGCAAAACUUUGACUGGCGCCUAAACGGCAAGAACGCCACUGUCUAUGGCGAGGGAAGUUAUUUCGCUGUAAAUGCCUCCUACAGCGAUGCUUAUGCGAAGAAAGACGCGAAUUCGUUUCAGUUCAUGUUCUUGGCAAAAGUUCUUGUUGGAUCUUACACUAAAGGCAACUCCAGUUAUCGGAGACCGCCUCCAAAGCAACCAUCCAACCCAUCGAGUGACCUGUUCGACUCUUGUGUGGACGACCAGUACAGUCCAACCAUUUAUGUGGUUUUUGACGCUGACCAGUUCUACCCAGAGUACAUCAUCGAGUAUUCUGAUGAAAGUAGUAGGAAUUCCGGAGCUCGCGGAGCACCAAGUUCCGCUCAGACACCUUCUUAUAGCCGAGCUGCGCCAUCUAGAAGCUCCGUUAAUCCUACCAGUAGUUAUUACUCGUCCAGUAGUGGGGCAUCGAGUGGUUUUGGUUCAGCUUCUAACAGCUCGUUUGGCGCACCGCACCGCAGUACAGCCAUGAGCUACUCUUCGGGUACGGCAAGCUCUCAUAGUUCAACAUAUUCAUCGCACACCUCAAGCACAGGAACGUCAAGAAAUUAUUCGUCAUCAACAAACACGUCUGGUGUGCCACACCACUGGUCAACUCCCAGCAGCUCCUCGAUAUCGAAAUCUUCCAAAGACAAGUGCUUGGUAAUGUGACUUCGAAGAAGGAGAAGGUGUGUCUGUGUUUAGUGAUGGACAAAGCUGUAUUUAUUCAAAGUAGUUUUAUUUUCUUAAGUUCCCUAAUUUAAGAGCGCUAUAUGCGUAAAUUUUUUCUAAAAGUUCACUACAGUUCUCAAGCAUGCACGUAAUCAAUUUGACAUCCAUAACUCGAUAUACGAACACAGCUAAAGCGUUAACCAAUUCUUUUAUAGCAUAGCAUGCAAACACAAGGUGUGCACGAAAAAGAAGAGCUUAUGUCAACUGUUUCGGGUUUACCAGGUAAUCGUGUUCUACCCGAAAACUAGGAAUAGAGAACAAGGCAAAAACGACCAUGAAAUAUUUGAGACUAAAUCUGUAUUCAAAGCAUUGUAAAUUUUCGGCUCAGAAUUCACAGCUGGAAAUUUACGUAGGUUUGUGUUAAAAUUGUUGAAAAUUCUGAAAUUGUACGAUUUAAAAUCAAAAUCUCCCAAAGGAAAUAUUUUAAAACACUUAAAAAUGAUAUCAACCGUUGGAAAAACGAAGCUUUAUAUUUACCGUUCCAAUGAAAAGUUAACCAACUUCACAAAAACUCAGUUGAAGUCAGAAAACUCAGUUUUGUUUUCAACUCCAAAACUGACUUCGUCGCUUAAAAGAGCUGCAUGCUUAUAUUUUCGACACAAUUAUUAUUUAGUAUAUUGUGUUUUCAUUUUGAGCACCAAAAGGUCUAUUUCAAUCGGGAUAGAAUGGAAAAACUUCUUGAAAGAAAUCUUCAAAGUUUUGAGACCUCGCGGCUAAACUCGACGAACAAGAACAAGGCAAAAUACAAAUACACACACAAACUAGUGUACCAAAAAAAAAAAAAAAACCUAAAAGAAAACAAAACAAACUCUAUAUUAGUGUAGACAAAAGAGAAAAUUAACAAAGAACACUGAACAAAACUUAAGAAGCGCAGAAAGCUUUGAGUUGAACUCUUAAGAGAGAAGUAGGUUUGGGCAAUGACUUUGACUUUUUACAUUCAUUAUUUUUCUGUUUUAGAAAUUACGUAAAAAUGUUGUACAAUUGAGUUAAUAGAUUGGGUCGGUCAACCUGUUUAUAUCCCUGUUAUCGUUCAUUCAAAUCAUGUGUCGAUUCAUACGCGGGGGCUAGACUUCAAAAGUCUCUCACACACAGCCAAUUGUACGGAAUAUGAGCAAACUCAUUAGUUGUAACUAACGCGUGAUCUGAACUGGAUGGUAGCAAGGAUGUAAACACGUCAUCCUAAUACAAAAAUCAUUGUUCACUAAGAGACCUCCCAGAAUCGAAUUUCUUGAAAUCGCGUUGUAGUCACCUAGUCCUAUCACCGAAAUUUUGAUCGUUUCAGCGGUUAGAAUUACGGUGGUUAGUGAUUUUUUCUUUUCGUGACUGAAAGGCUAAGACCAGUGUAAGUUCGAUUAUCAGCGACUGAACUCAGGUACUUUAUUCUUAAGAAAAUGGAAAAAUUAGAGCAAGAUAAUGGUAGAUAAUCGUAUAAUGUCAACUAAAGGAGACAGAACCUGUGCACUUAAUUCUGGACAAAAAAGGGAGAGAGCAAAAAUGAUGACGAUGACAAUGACGAAGUUGAUGAUGAUUACGAUGGUGGCGAUGACGAUGACGAUAACAAUAAUGACGACGAUAGUCAUGACGAUGGCAAUAUUGAUAACGAUGACGAUAACAAUGAUGACGAUGAUAGCGAUGACAAUGAUGAUGAUGACGAUAAUGAUGACAAUAACGAAAACGAUGAUGAUCAUGGUAACGACGACUAUGGCGAUGACGAUAUUAAUGGCUGUGAUGAUAACAUUGAUGAUGACGAUAGCGACGACGAUGACGAUGAU